GAUGAGAACAAUGUUGUGGCUUACUCCCUGAAUGUGUGCUUAAAGCACAGAUGGUGGCAGUCAGGAGUGCCCGUAUACGUUGAAUGGGAAAGAGCCUGCAGACAGACAGCACCAAUGAAGGGGCAGUUCCUCAUAUAGUAUGUAGGGGGUGCUGUAGGUUUCCUUUCAACACAGCUUGUCUCUGUUAGUCCCAGGAAUUUGAGCAUGCUGGAAAAUGGAGUUGGACAGCAGGAACGCUGCCCAUAGAGAUGACAAGGGGGGGGCACAGUAGGCCAUUACUGUCUAAGUACAGUUCCAGUGGUAAUAGGGAGUUUACCUGAAGCUGAAAGCCUGAAAAAGGAAAAUUGAAAGUGGACUUGUUACGCACAUCCAUGUGCAUAUCACAAAAUAUAUCAAAUUUCUCUUAAACGGUAAGAAACCACAGAACAAACAUUUUUAAAACUUAUAUUGUAGCAUUCCUUUCAGCGAAAUGAAAUCAUUUGCUAGGGAUUAUUCCAUUUUCAUUAUUGUAAAUUAAAUUAAAAUAUUAAAUUUAAACACCCAGCAUUUGCAAAUUCUACAUUUGCAGAACAGACAAUCGUUUCUAAACUUUAAACGAAACUUCAUUUUGCAAGGUGAAAGAUCGCUUGCAGAAUGUCGCAUAUGCACAUAUAGUUAACAUAAAUACGGGUUUGAAACAAGAAACUGCAGGAGAGGAAGUAAUACUGACCAUGUUGGGGGGAAAAAAACUACACAGGUGUGUUUCACUAUCUAAAGCGUUUGAGUCUUUAUUACAGUCUAGGUUUAGAUGUCGAUGCCGUAUGAGAAUCGUCUCAUCUGGAUCUAUAGAGAACCAUCAUAUUAUCCAAAUCAUAACUGAAACACCAGUGAUCGAACCAGUACUUCCCUGGGAAAUUUCCCAACGUAUGUUGGAACUGGAGGACAUGGUGGAGAGGAAUCUACCUCCAGGCUGGACUAUGCAUGGAGCGAUCAGAGGAGGCAGGUCAUAACCUGGGGAUGAGAGGCAACUUCAGAGAUGGCCGCAUCUUCUUUGCAAGUACAGCAGUACAAUCCCAAAAUGGGUGAACUCCAGUACUACAUGAAAUUGUGAUCUGUUUUGCCCAUACGCUCUUUAAGAAUGCGACAGGCCCAUGCAGAACCCUGGGAAUUUAAUCUGUAAAGGCAGCUCACAUGUACCAGACAGCGCCGGGAGGACAACCUUUCUUCAGUUUUGAGGAUAUGAGUAGAUCUCUGCCCUGACAUUGGCCCCAGAGCACAAUGGGAUCAUCCCUGCUGGGGAAGGCUGCCUAUCUGGGCCAGCUCUUGGAGGCCUGCAUUCAUGCCUUUGAUGACAGCGGUGACCUGCGGGGUUGUCAGCUACCCCGGGUCAUGUUGCUGAUGCACCGUUGGUACGUCACAUCCACUGAGCUGGCCGGGAAACUGCUCGCAAUGUACCGCAACUGCCAAGGAGAUGACAGCCAGAGGACCAGACUGAAGAUCUGCUAUCUAAUGAGGUACUGGACGGUGGAAUUCCCAGCAGAAUUCAACCUGGACCUGGGCCUCAUCCAGCUGACGGAGGAGUUCCGAGAUGUAGCGGCCCAGCUGGGUUAUGAGGAGCACAUCAAGCUCAUUGACAUCUCCACCAUUCCGUCUUAUGACUGGAUGAGAAAACUGACCCAGAGGAAGAAGCAGCCGAAGAAGGGCAAGGCGUCACUUCUGUUUGACCACCUGGAGCCCAUGGAGCUAGCAGAGCACCUGACCUUCCUAGAGUACAAGUCAUUUCGCAGAAUUUCGUUCACAGACUACCAAAGCUACGUGAUACACGGAUGCCUGGUAGACAAUCCCACCUUGGAGCGUUCCAUCGCCCUCUUCAAUGGUGUCUCCCAGUGGGUGCAACUGAUGGUCCUAAGCAAGCUGACUCCACACCAUCGCGCUGAGGUCAUCACCAAGUUCAUCCACGUGGCCCAGAAACUACUCUACCUGCAGAACUUCAACACCUUGAUGGCGGUGGUGGGGGGGCUCAGCCACAGCUCCAUCUCGCGCCUCAAGGAGACGCUCCUGCACCUGGCGCCCGAGGUCACAAAGAUCUGGAACGAGAUGACAGAGCUGGUCUCCUCCAAUGGCAACUAUAGCGCCUACCGCAAGGCCUUCACUGACUGUGAGUGCUUCAAGAUCCCGAUCCUGGGAGUGCACCUGAAGGACCUGAUCGCCGUCCAUGUGGUCUUCCCUGACUGGGUGGAUGACGGCAAGGUGAACAUUGUGAAGAUGCAGCAGCUCUACUUGACCUUCAAUGAGCUGGUGUCCCUGCAGAACAUGGCAUCACAGGUGGAGCCCAACAUGGACCUUAUCUACCUGCUGGCACUCUCUCUAGAUUUGUAUUACACAGAAGAUGAGAUUUAUGAGCUCUCAUUACUGAGGGAACCCCGGAACCCAAAGUCUCUGCCCACCUCUCCCACCACGCCCAAUAAGCCGAUGGCCCCGCUGGACUGGGCCUCAGGGGUGCACACAAAACCCAACCCUUCCGUCGUGAACAAGCACAUCAGGAAAGUGGUGGAUUCUGUGUUCAGGAAUUAUGACCAUGACCAUGACGGCUACAUCUCUCAGGAGGACUUUGAAAGCAUCACUGCAAACUUCCCCUUCCUGGACUCCUUCUGUGUCCUGGACAAGGACCAGGACGGACUUAUCAGCAAGGAUGAAAUGAUGGCCUACUUCCUCAGAGCGAACUCCCAGCUGCAGUCGAAAAUGGGCCCUUUGUUUAUCCACAACUUUCAGGAGAUGACAUACCUGAAGCCUACCUUCUGCGAGCACUGUGCCGGCUUUUUAUGGGGCAUCAUCAAGCAGGGAUAUAAGUGUAAAGAUUGUGGAGUGAACUGUCACAAGCAGUGCCGAGAGCUGCUGGUCCUAGCCUGCAGGAAGCUUCCGCAUGCCUCCUCCCUGGUUAGCGUGGCACCCAGCACCGCCGUUCACAGCUCACUGCCCAGCAGCCCCACCCUGCCCGCAUGUGCAGAUGAAGACGAAGUGUUUGAGUUCCCCAAAGUGGCACCAGGAAGCCCUACCCUGGAGGCCCAGUCCAUCACUUUGAUGACUGGCUCUGCCCAGAAGAUCUCAGUACGGCUGCAACGGGCUACCACCAGCCAGGCCACACAGACGGAACCCCUGUGGUCCGAGCAUGCCUGGGCUCCUGUCGAUGGGGGUUCACACACAUUUCCCAAGAUGAGGUACCGACUGCACAGCAAGAAUUCCAAGGAAAGGGGCUUUGCCCGCUGGGAAAAUGAGGCCCCGAGACGAUCCCGAGACUGCCAGGACUCCCAGGAACAGAUGGAGAAGCCUGGGGAGCCAUUGAACCAGGGGGUGUGCCCUGAGGUAUACCUACUGCCUGUCUGCUUCCUAUCAGUGUGCCCCUGUGGAGUUUGAUUACUGUCUAUGUUUAUAAAUCUUAUUAGUUUCUUUUCAUUACUUGUUUGUUGGAAAUACAAAGAUUGUAUGUGCACAUUAUGUUUUAUAGUGGAAGUUCACACUGUUUCGUAAUAUGACCUACUAAAAAUAAAAACAAAAGCUUGUGGGAAAAACAGGCAGAAACCUGUAAUGGAGAAUAAGACAAAAUGUGCAAUGGGUACAUUGUGACAAAAAACAUGUUUAGUAUGAAAACCAUGGAGAUGACAUCAAUAAAUAGCCCCGACCCACCGACCUAGUCAGCCUCAUUCUCUCAUCUCUCAUUUCACACUCAAGGCCAGUCGCAGGGAUGCUUUUCCAUUUUAUUAGUAUGGCUUCACUUUCUGGCAUGGGUCCAGGAGCCGGACAUUAUAACAAAAGGCCAUUAUACUUUGGGGCACCCCUCUUUCUUUCCCAGAAAGGUGAUCUUGGUCAGGGGUGGCCAACCCUGAUCCUAGCGUGCCGAUAUGCAGCAGGUUUUCUAUCCUACCUGGUCUCUGAUGAACCACACCUGAUCUCAGGCAGAUUGUAAUGCAUCAGGUAGGAUACAAAACCUGCUGAAUACUGGCACUCCCGGAUCAGGGUUGCUGGCCCAGGAUCUAGAUCAAGGACAUAUGGACAAAUCAAGGAAGUACAAGAACAAUUUAGACAUUAAUGUUUGCAACAUUCAAGAAGACCAAGUAUUUGGCAGAAAGACUAAAUGUCAAGGUGCUUCUUUUCAUAAAGUCAUGAAAUAGGUGAUAAUGAUUAAAAUGUUGUUCAGUAAAAGCCACGAGUAUUAUUGAUAAUAAAUUUACAAUAUGUUUGCUUUGAUUGUGUGUAUGAGAGGGAGACAGAGCAUGUGCUCUGGAAUGGACUGGCAUGCUAUCCAGGGUGUCUCCUGCGUCAUGUUCUGUGCUUUCUGGAAUAGAUUCAAGGCUCACCAUUUCUGAGUCAUGUGCACCAGUCACCUGGACAAUCCAGGAAAGUUGGACGCUCAGUAAAUCAGGGAAUAUGAUUCAUGUGUUAUUGUCAUAUUGACUGCAGUAAUAGCAAUAACCCUGGUGCUGCAGGUAAUGUGUCAACAUUUGUUAAGCAAUUUGAACAGUGUCCAUAAACCAUUACCACUGAAAUUACCCCAUCAUCGUAAACUGGCAAUUCUCAGUAGUUCAGAUUUAUAUAAGUGCAUUGGACCUCCACACCCUCUUGGUUAAAAAGGUAGGUGAACCUGGACCAGAAUAGUAAUCAGACCAGUUCUUUGAGUUCUGAGCAGUGAAC